AUGCCGGAUCAGCGUUUGAGUGGUGAGAAUCAGUCUCAGAAUGUCGAUGGCCCUGACGAUAUCAUCCUCGGCGAUCAUGAGCAAUGGAAGCAGAUUGACCAUAGUCAGUGGGAAUUGGAAGAGGACGAGCGCAACCUACUUCGCGAAAACAAUGUAUCAGUCCAGCAAUGGCUCCAGGGACAGGGUAACUCCCAGCCUGCCCGAGACAUAUUUAUCAACUCACAGUCGCUACCCCAGCGGAAGCGCGAAACGCAUAAGCUUCUGGUUCAUAUAGAUGAUGUGUUCAGCGAUACCAUCAAGCCACCGUCUAUCCAGGCAGCGAAGUCUUCCAACAAUACGAUUCUGGGUCUUCGAAACCCAACCACAUCAAAUGUUAACACAACCUCAAUUAAUGAACAAUUGUUUAACAGAUCUGUGUCUUCCGCUCCAUCUCUUCAACAAUUUUCAGCUGCUCCCGAUCGAAAUAUAAGAUACUGUGAAAAUGGAUAUAAUAGAGAACGCUCUUCAAGCACGUUGGCUUCUUACAGCCGCCCAGCUUUCUCGAUCGCCUCACAUGGACAUCAGGCCGGCGGUGGUCAUGCUCAAGCCACCGGCCUAUCUUUUCAACAAACGGCUCGGUCUGUCACAGGUACCGAUACAUCCGCUGGUUCAAAGAAACCGCCAAAACGUCAGAACAGCCAUUCCAUGGAUGAUGAUGAUGCAAGCAGCAAACGUACAUUCCCCAGGCGUAAUAGGUCUAGGGGCAACACCCAGUCUUAUCAUGCUCCCCCGCCCUCGUCAUCUGCGCCUCGCAGGAUGACUCAACCAAGCGGAAACAAUUCGCUACAGACAUCGAUUGAGGGUACGCGAGUACCUCCACACCAAGUUAGGAACAACGCAUCACCGUUCGUUUCUGGGGAUUCCAGUCUACUAGGGCCGAAGCAGAAUAAACCACCGCCUCGCCGCGAAGAUAAAGUUCUAUCCCAUGAGCAUUUCACCAAUUUAGGCGAACUAUGUCCAUUUUGGCUAUUUGAUCCUAUCCAAUUCAGCAACGUUGAGAGGCAAGCUUGCUGUGGCCGUAAGGAAGAAAUGUCUCAUGUCGUUACACACCUUGCUCACCAUCACGGCUUUGUUCGUGGAAAAGAUCCAAAGAAUGCGUCUCGCACAUACCUAGCAAGCUGUCAAACUCACAAUUCAUCUGUCAAGGCAAAAGGGGAUUGUUCGAAAUGUAUUUCGUUACACAAGUGGAAGGACUCGGACUUUGCAGAUCCUGAGCACAAGGGCGUUGUUCUUUGUCUGCGUUGCUGGUUUAAAUUUGACAAGAGGGAAAUGCAAAGCCACCUGGCUGGGUCGUGCCCCUACCGAGCGGAACAGCCAAAGCCAAAGAAAAUGUGCAUGCUAUAUACGACAUUUUGCUCUCCCGACAAGCCACCUAGUUCACCUCCUAAGAAUAUGGCACCACGCAAAACAAAACCCCGAUCUUCACCAAAGAGACGUAAUCGUCGUAGUACAACACAGCAAGUCGAAAACAACACAACAUACAGGUCUGCUCCAGAACAAGCCUCCCAAUUACUUCGUCCAGCUCAUCCACAGGCUCCAUGCAGUCAAGUUAAACCAAAUACUACUCAUGAAUCUACUUCCUCUACGUCGUCUCACGCUGAUUCGUUCAUUGAGAGAGACGAGCCCAUCUCUCAUGAGUUUCAUGAAACACAGAACCGACCUUCUGUUCCUGGAGAUUCGUUCGAACGCAAGGAAGCUGAUAGUCACCAGUCAAACCCUCAGCCGAUUGCAUUGAUAUAUCCAGAUACUCCUGUCGAGUACAUUGCUGACCUCUACAAAAAGCUUCAAAGAGACAGGCAACAAGGAGUCGUUCAAUCGAUUUAUUCGCCUAUGACGGCCCCGUCUUCCUUUGGAAAUGGAAGAAUGGGUGGUACGGCGGCCGUGAAUGGUUUCCAACAGCAGAAGCAACCACAGGUGCAAAAUGGCUUGCGGUUACCCAACCAGUACUCGAAUUGGCAACAGCCGUCCCUUCAAAUCCCACAAAUAUCAUCCCGAAUCUUGUCGCAACCGUCAGGCCACACCUCACAACAGGGCUUCCAAGACAAGUCGCUUGAGCAAUUCCCUCAGCAGUCCUUGACACAGCCCCAAUAUCCCCAACAGCUCUCUAGUCAGCAUCUCCCACAUGAAUAUCUUUCUGUGCAGAACCGCCAGACUUCAACAAAUGCGAAUUUUCCCACCUAUCAUGGUAGAACCCCACAGCUUCUUCGUUCCCCAAAUACGCCCCAGCUACAGCUUCAAGUGCCGGCAACGAACGAUCUGGACACAACAAUAUCAUUGUCCGGUGGUCUAUCGCAAGUACAAUCCAGUCCUUCUAGGGUCGCGUCUACCGCUGGAGAGUCUAUGUGUCUUUUGCAGUCGCCAAACCCGGACGCACCUCUGUGGUUGUUUGAUGACUAUGAUUAUGAAGAUACCUCGGACUGGCUGAAGUUCGACACAGUUGGGUCUCACCCCCAACUCCAGAAGUCCUUCGAAGUGGGCGACCCUCCGCCUCUCCAAACCCAGCAAAGCGUUGGGGACUUGAAACCUGACAGUCGUAUACUUGCUGUACAGCAAACUGCUGUUGAAAAGGACUCGGGUUAUCACUCGAACGUCUUCGACGAUCUCUCCAGUACCUUUGAUGAUUCCACUGGUGCCUUUAAUGAUUCCUCUGGUACAUUCAAUGAUAUGGAUUGGGAUCCUAAUGAUAUAUUUUCCUCCUGA